UUACGGUAAUUAUCUUCAAGUGAAUUCUAAUUGGAGUGCUUAAAACCUAUCCUUAGUUCAUUUAGUGCAAAUAAUGUCGUUAACGCAGUUAGUUAAACAGCGGGGAACAUUAAAAUGUAAACUAACCAACUUUAAGACGUUCCUAACGCCAUACUUAUCGAUAGCGACGUUAACUGACGUACAGGCCAGUGAAAUUCAGUGCCGUCUUAGUAAGAUUGAGGAAAUGUAUGCAGUGUUUGAUGAAUUACAGGAGCGGAUUGAAGUAGAAUCGGAGACCCCCCGGGAGCAAUAUGUUGAGCGUAUGGAUUUCGAGAACCAGUACUUCGCCAUCCUGGCCAGCGCUCGGGAAUUACUUCGCCAGCGUGGCAAGGUGGAUGCCGAAAGUAAGGUUAUGUCUGAGGCGGGUUCCGGUUCGUGCCAGCAUAAAAAUAAUCUGCUUUGGUGAGAGUCAGCGAUGCCAAGGGUGCUCUGCAUGUCGUCCGCAUCAUGCUGGACAACUGCAGCUCGACCAACUUCAUCAGCGAGAGGCUGCGCAGCAAGCUGCAGCUUCCGGUUUCCUACACGGGCUCCACUGUGACAGGUAUUAACAAUACCUUAUUAUCUAAAAGUAAUCAGUCUUGCAACGUCACCAUAAAAUCAAUGACGGGAGACUUUGAGUUGGAGCUUAGCUGUCGUGUGCUUCCUCACAUAAAGGAUUUGUUACCAAUGUCAUACAUAGACAUUAAGAACCUGCAAAUACCGUCGCAUAUUCAAUUAUGCGAUCCUACUUUCAACAUUCCGUCGGUCAUAGACAUGUUGGUAGGCGCGGAAGUAUUCUGGGAAGUGCUAGGUACUAAUAAAAUCGAUUUAGGGAAGCGUCAACCCAAGCUGUAUGACUCGAAAUUAGGCUGGUUAAUUUCCGGUUCGGUCCUUAAUAACAAUCAAAAUAAUCACAUUCUCUGUCAUGCUUCAGAAUUACUUGACACUGAUAUUGACAAGCAGCUCACGCGUUUCUGGGAGCUCGAUAGUGUAUCGCCAGUACAUAAUUUCACCCCCGAAGAGCGGAUUUGCGAGGAACAUUUUAAUAAAACUACGACGCGGACUGACGAUGGGCGGUUCGUUGUUACCAUGCCACUUAAAGAAUCGCCAGAGAUUCUAGGCGACUCUUAUGAAAUGGCUAAGUGCCGUUUCUUAUCUUUAGAAAAAAGGUUAAAACAUGAUCACGAAUUUAGGCAGAAUUACAACGCGUUCAUGAAUGAAUAUCUCGAAUUAGGUCACAUGUCCUGCACUGCGCGCGAGUCGAGCGACAGCGGCGUAGAGUGUUUUUUUGGCGCAUUUUGGGGUGGUAAGGGAGAACAGUCUCACCACUAAAUUAAGGGUUGUUUUUGACGCGUCAGCCCCCACCAAAUCAGGGGUGUCUUUGAACGGAAUACAGAGAGUCGGUCCCACCAUUCAGGAUGACUUAAUUUCAAUUUUAUUAAGAUAUAGGCAACAUAAGUAUGUAAUAUCAGGUGACAUCGAAAAGAUGUACCGUCAGAUGCUAAUUGCACCUGAACAAAGAUGCCUUCAGCAGAUUUUAUGGCGUUUUAAUCCGACCGAUCGUCUUGAGUGUUACUCUCUGAAUACAGUGACAUAUGGCACAGCUUCGGCUGCCUUUCUGGCUUGCCGCUGCUUAAAGCAGUUAGGUUUAGAGGCGUCAGAUUCAGUCAUACAGCAAUCGAUCGUACAUGACUUUUAUGUCGACGAUUACUUGAGCGGCAGCACGAACAUCGAUGAUGCUAUACAGUUGGGAAAGGGAGUAAUCGACACAUUAAAAUCAGGUCAGUUAAAUUUGCGAAAAUUACGGUCUAAUAAUGUUGAAAUAUUGCAAGCGUUACAAGGUCACAUACAAACAAAUAAUUGUUCGCAAAAUAGUGCAAAAGAUAAUUUAAAUAUUCAAAACUUGAGCAUUUCCGUGCCAUCUAAAACAUUAGGGCUAAAUUGGCAAUGUGACACCGAUACCCUUUUCUUUACGAUUAAUUUAAAAACUUGUAACAAUGUCACAAAGCGUCACGUACUUUCGUCAAUCGCGCAGGUAUUUGACCCGAUAGGCU